AGUGUUGGCAUACACUUAUUAAAUUGUAGCCAAGUACUACUUCUGGCACACGCCUAGUAAUUGUUCCCUUUAAACUCUCCCAAACGCUUACCUGUGUCACUACUCAUCCACGUGAUUACUUAAACAAGCGUUGACUCAUACAGACACGACAAAUUAAACACAGUGACCGUUUCUUUGGAGAGGAUCGAUGACGGAAGCUGGUGAUCUUACUUCGGUUCCAAACAGUGUGAUCAAGCCGUUCCCAUUUCUUGUUAUCUUCAAAGAUUUAAAACAUGUAUUCAGUAUGGAUGCCAUUGGGCGAGAGAUACUAAGCAUGGCGUUUCCGGCGGCUCUUGCUUUUGCUGCUGAUCCAAUAGCGUCUCUGAUCGACACCGCUUAUAUUGGACGUUUAGGAGCGGUUGAGCUAGCAGCGCUUGGAGUAUCCAUUGCGAUAUUCAAUCAAGCUUCUAGAAUCACGAUAUUCCCAGUUGUGAGCGUCACAACUUCCUUUGUCGCUGAGGAAGACACGAUGGAGAAGAUGAAAGAAGACGAAGCAAACAAAGCCAUUACUCAUGCAAAUACUUCAGCUGUUCAAGAUUCCUUGGAAAAAGGUGUUGCGUCACCGGCAAGUAACAACACGAGCCAGCCGCAGCAAACGCCAGCUUCGGAUACAAAGCCAAGCAGCGGAAACAAAGCAAAAAAGAAAGGAAAGAAGAAUAUCAAAUCGGCAUCAACGGCCAUGAUCAUAGGGUUAAUCCUAGGCCUUGUGCAAGCCAUUGCCUUGAUUUUCAGCUCGAAGGUGCUUCUAGGCGUCAUGGGAGUGAAACCGAAUUCAGCAGUGUUAUCACCAGCGCACAAGUACUUGACCAUACGAUCAUUAGGUUCUCCUGCAUUGCUUUUAUCACUUUCAAUGCAAGGCAUUUUUCGUGGCUUCAAGGACACCAAAACUCCUCUAUAUGCUACUGUUGUGGCAGAUGUUAUCAACAUCAUUCUCGACCCAAUUUUCAUCUUUGUGCUGCACCUUGGCGUCAGCGGUGCGGCCAUUGCUCAUGUCAUUUCUCAGUACUUCAUGACUCUAAUAUUGUUCAUCCGCCUCGCGAGUAAAGUUAAUUUGAUGCCACCAAACUUCGGAGAAUUACAGUUCGGAAAAUUCCUUAAAAGUGGGGGAUUAUUGCUGGCGAGGACCGUAGCUGUAACGUUUUGUCAGACAUUAGCAGCAGCAGUGAUGGCUCGUCUGGGAACAACACCCAUGGCUGCUUUUCAAAUAUGCUUACAAGUCUGGUUAACUACUUCUCUCCUCGCCGAUGGUCUUGCCGUUGCCGGUCAAGCCAUUCUGGCUUGUUCCUUUGCGGAGAAAGACUACAACAAAGUGACUGCUGCUACAUCGCGUGUUCUACAGAUGGGUUUUGUGUUAGGACUUGGACUGUCCGUUUUUGUUGGAUUGGGUUUAUACUUUGGUGCUGGAGUAUUCUCCAAGGAUGCUGCCGUUAUUCACCUCAUAGCCAUUGGAAUACCGUUUGUAGCAGCAACACAGCCAAUAAACUCAAUCGCUUUUGUGCUGGACGGAGUCAAUUUUGGAGCAUCAGAUUUUGCUUACACUGCAUACUCCAUGGUAGGAGUUGCGGCCAUAACCAUUGCAGCAAUAAUAUACAUGGCAAAGUUCUAUGGUUUUCUAGGAAUAUGGAUAGCCCUUACGAUCUAUAUGGGUCUCCGAACCGUUACUGGAAUUGCCAGGAUAGCAACAGGAACCGGACCGUGGAAAUUCUUGCGUGGACGAUCCCCUUCAUCUUCCUAGGACUUAGUUAAUAAUUAUAAGAGCGUUGCAUCCUUGUCUGUCUUUCUUAAUUUUUGGUUUUUGUUUCUUGAGUUUUUACAUUUUGUUUGAAAACCAGUUAUCUGUAUUGUUAUCUUCACAGCUGCAGAUAAAUAAUUGGAUGAAACGUUAUCUCUC